AUGUCCGCGAAAGCGGCGUAUGAAGAGGUUGCCCCGGCACCUCCCGCAGUCUUGCCUCCAACUGGUCCACCGAGUCUGACGAUUCGCGAUACCGAGGCGGCCUACAAGGAAAUCGAGGCUCGCGACUUGUCUGAUGUUGAGGUCGACAUGCCGGGUAUGGAUGUGCCGAAGCAGGAGUGGGUUCAGAGGACACAUAAGCGCGGGUUGGAGCAUGAGAUCGCCGAGUCCAUGAAGAGGAAGCGGCGGAGGUUCAACUUGAUGCAAAACCUUCACGAUCACUUCCAUGCUGCUGCAGAUUCUGAGCGCACCAUCUACAUCGAUCACCACGAGCAAGAGGUCGCGGAAGAAGUUCGUCUCAAGGAGAUUGAGGAAGACAAGGAGCGGAAGAAGGACCAGCAGCGGAAGCGGCGGCGCGAAAAGGCUAUCGCAGAUGAGGAGAUCAAGCGAGAAGAAGCAAUCCGCAGCCUGGCCACUGUCCAGGAUGAGGAAGAGCGAGCUCGCCUUGAGAAUCUCAUCUCUCGUCACGACAAGAAGAUCCGCGAUACUCAGAGUCGCCUGCAGGGAAUCACGCCAUCAAAGGAGUUCCGCAAUGAGUCGCCUCACAAUACUGCAGCGCUUGGACGACGAGAGCGGGAAGCGAAGGCUAGCCGAGCGGCACGUGGCACUGGCGGUGGUCGUGCUAGGAAAAGCAAGGAGCAAAAGCAGGCUGAAAAGGAUAGUGCCCGUCUUGCACAAGCGUACCUUGAUCAAGGCCAAGAUCUGCCAUCGAUUGCCCCUAAGGAGGAAGAGAGAUUGGCAAGUCUGGCCGAGCGCAAGAUGCGCGAAGACUCCGAGGCAUUGAGCGACACCGCUCUCGCAGUGAUUGACCAACAGCACACGGCAGGACUCACAGGAAUGGCCAAAUUCGACAGCAAAGGUUACAACCAGAUCUAUGAGCAAAUCACUCGCGAUCUGGCCAAAGGCGUGCCCAAGGUGGUUCGCAUCAAGAACAACAGCCUUGACACCAAGCAAUCCAACGCCCGCAAGACUGCACAGCUGGCUGCGAAGGAAGCUCGGAGAUGGCAAUUGCGCACGAACAAGAGCACCAAGGAUGUCGCUGCUCGCGCCAAGCGUGCUAUGCGUGAGAUGCUGGGCUUCUGGAAGCGGAAUGAACGUGACGAGCGUGAAGGUCGCAAAGUUGCGGAGAAGCAAGAGCUCGACAAGGCUCGCAAGCAGGAAGCCGAGCGGGAAGCCAAUCGACAGAAGAGGAAGCUCAAUUUCCUCAUCUCACAGACCGAGCUGUACUCUCAUUUCAUCGGCAAGAAGGUCAAGACUGAUGAGAUUGAGAAGGCUGGAGAUGAUGUCGUCCCGACUGGACAGACCAUCCGGGACGAUCCCAAUGCUGAGAAUACUGUGGACCUCCCUGGAUCAGUCGCCAACCUUCAAGCCAAGGUCACCAACUUUGAGGAUCUGGACUUCGAUGCCGAGGAUGAGACUGCUCUUCAGCAGGCGGCCAUGGCCAAUGCUCAGCAUGCGAUCCAGGAAGCUCAAGACCGCGCCAGAGCCUUUGACAAGGAUGCUGGCGAGGCUGCUGAGCUCAAAGAUGCUCAGGAAAACUUCGACGAAGGCGAGAUGAACUUCCAAAACCCAACAUCUCUUCAAAGCAUGGACGUCAAGCAGCCGAAGAUGCUGACUUGCCAACUGAAAGAGUAUCAAGUCAAGGGUCUCAAUUGGCUGGUCAACUUGUACGAGCAAGGUAUCAAUGGUAUUCUCGCCGACGAGAUGGGUCUUGGAAAGACAGUACAGUCCAUCUCGGUCAUGGCGUACUUGGCCGAAGUGCACAACAUUUGGGGUCCUUUCCUGGUCAUCGCACCUGCGUCCACACUCCACAACUGGCAACAGGAAAUCUCGAGAUUCGUUCCGAGCAUCAAGGUUCUCCCAUACUGGGGCUCUGCGAAAGAUCGAAAAGUGCUGCGUAAGUUCUGGGAUCGCAAGCACAUUACAUACAACCGCGACAGUCCAUUCCACGUGUUGGUCACGUCUUAUCAGCUGGUUGUUCAGGACACAGCCUACUUCCAGAAGGUCAAGUGGCAAUACAUGAUUUUGGAUGAAGCUCAGGCCAUCAAGUCUUCGUCUUCUUCUCGAUGGAAGUCUCUCCUUGGCUUCCACUGCCGCAAUCGCCUGCUGCUGACCGGAACACCCAUUCAGAACAACAUGCAGGAGUUGUGGGCUCUUCUCCAUUUCAUCAUGCCUUCGCUCUUCGACAGCCACGAUGAGUUUUCGGAGUGGUUCUCCAAGGACAUUGAGAACCAUGCUCAGUCCAACACCAAGCUUAACGAGGACCAGCUCCGCCGUCUACACAUGAUCCUCAAGCCAUUCAUGUUGCGACGUAUCAAGAAGCAUGUCCAGAAGGAGCUCGGCGACAAGAUUGAGAUUGACGUCUUCUGCGACCUCACCUACCGACAACGUGCCUACUACACCAAUCUGCGGAACAAGAUCAGUAUUAUGGAUUUGAUCGAGAAAGCUGCAGUCGGUGACGAGCAGGACACUGCGACGCUGAUGAACUUGGUCAUGCAGUUCAGGAAAGUUUGCAACCAUCCCGACCUCUUCGAGCGCGCCGAUACCUGGAGUCCGAUGUCCAUGUCGUACUAUGCGGAGACGGCUUCAUUCAUGCGUGAGGGCAACAAUGUCAACGUGGCGUACAGCGUGCGCAAUUUGAUCGAAUUCUGGAUUCCAAGCAUGCUUGCUGAGGGUGCAGGACGUCUCGAUGUUGCCGGUCCGGACAAUGAUCGAGCUGGCUGGCGCAACAAGUGGCUUACCAACGAGCUCAGCAUCUGGAACGAGCAGCACAUCGUCAACAGCCAGAAGUCGAGGAAUGGCUUCUCUUGGAUGCGAUUCGUCGACAAGUCUGCGAGCGAAGUUGCACUCACUGCUCGUCAGUCUCUCGUCCAGCGUGUCGCAGAUCUGGUCAAGGAAGGCGAUCGCGCUGGCAAGUUCAAGGUGGCUUACGAUGACGAUGAAGAGAAGGAGAACGCGGGCUUCACGCCUGUUCAUGCCAUGCUCAACAUCGUCGACCGCAACGCACGCACACCCCUCGCCGAGGUCACUGAAGAGGGCCACUUGAGCAAGCUCUUCAACAUCUCUCGAAACGCCUUGCAAGAGACUGGCUACAGCACCAUCGAGACUGCAUACCUACCGACAGCAACCGCGCCUCCAGUCGAGCUCGUCUGCCGAAGUCAGCAAAGCCUUCUCGAGCAAGAAACCUCCUUCUUCAACGUCCCCGUCCGUCGCACUCUCUACCCGAUCAACGCACCCACCGAGCAAGCUCUUCUCCGCUCGCCACUCCGGCCCUCCCAAUACCCUGUCACGAACCUCCUCCCCGCACCGGCCUCUCAAAAGCAACGCUUUACCAAGAUCGAAGUCCCAAGCAUGCGCCGCUUCGUCACCGACUCCGGCAAACUCGCCAAACUCGACGCCCUCCUCACCCAACUCAAAGAAGGCGGCCACCGCGUCCUGCUCUACUUCCAAAUGACCCGCAUGAUCGACCUGAUGGAAGAGUACCUCACCUACCGCAACUACAAAUACUGCCGUCUCGACGGUUCCACCAAACUCGAAGACCGUCGCGACACCGUCGCCGCGUUCCAGAGCUCACCGGAAAUCUUCGUCUUCCUGCUCUCCACCCGCGCCGGUGGUCUGGGAAUCAACCUCACGAGCGCGGACACCGUCAUCUUCUACGACUCGGAUUGGAAUCCUACCAUUGACUCCCAGGCUAUGGAUCGCGCUCAUCGUCUUGGUCAGACGCGCCAGGUUACUGUUUACCGUCUGAUCACGAGGGGUACGAUUGAAGAGCGGAUCCGCAAGCGCGCGUUGCAGAAGGAGGAGGUGCAGAGGGUUGUCAUCUCCGGUCAAGCGGGGAGUAGUACGGUCGACUUCAACAAUCGCAGUCGGGAGACGAAUCGCACCAAGGAAAUGGCGAUGUGGCUUGCGGACGACGAUCAGGUUGAGGCGAUCGAGAGGAGAGAAGCAGAGGUGUUGGAAGAGGAAGCGAAGUCGGGCAAACAGGGCGCUGGAGGGAAGAAGAGGAAGAAUGCGGCGGCGGGGAAGAGGAAGGAGGUUAGCAUGGAUGACAUGUAUCAUGAAGGCGAAGGCAAAUUCGAAGACAACGCGAGCCAUGAGCCCUCGGGCGCGGCGACGCCGAUUGGAGAUGGAGAUGGCGGACCGCCGGCGAAGAAGAAAAAGGGGUUGAGUAAGAAGGCGAAGACGGUGAAGCAGCGGUUGGCGGUGAUUGAUGGGGAGGUUGGCUGA